AUGUUCCCCGUAAUCGACGGCAGGAAGGUGUGGAUGGCAUCGCCUGAAGACUAUGUUGUCGACUUUUCCAACCCACAGAAGGACACAACAAUUAUCAACUGGAUAUACAUCAUUUGUAUUAUCGGAUUUCUCGUCUCCUUCAUUGUUGCGCCUUGUCUCUGUGUGGUAUUCUACAACCAUCGAGAGUGGCGCUUACCAAGUUCUAUAAUCCUUCUAGCAUAUAUACUCACCGCAGCUGCCCAAUGCCUUGUCCUCGUUUGCCUACAUGAUUCCGUCUUGGGCGUACAUAUCUGGGAGAUAUCUCUGGACGAUGCCACUUCGGCGACCACGCUCAAUUUUGUCGCCACGUUGCUAUUCGUUCCAGGUACCGCCCUUGCAAGGAUGGCUCUCUGUAUUACCUCCUACCGAUUGGUAACUCCCAAAAAGUGGUCUCAAAAUGCAAUCCGUUGUACAGCCGGCUUGCUGCUUGGUGCCUCUGUCGCUAUAUGGUUUGUUCUCCUGCUUGCCUGCAAGCCGAUGGACGCAUCGUGGAAUCUCCGACUCUUCGUUAAGGCUCAAUGUAUUGAUCGGUAUCCGUUUCAUAUAGCGCAAGCGUUCUUCGGGGUUAUAACAGAUUCCGUCCUCGUGGCUGUCGUUGCAGUCACGACCCUUCGACUCCAGAUGUCGUGGAAGAACAAAGCGAUUACCGUCGCACGUAUCAGCAUUGGCCUACUCCCGCUAGGUGCUACCAUUCCCAGACUACUCAUCAUGUUUGACACAUGGAAAGACCCUGACACGACAUUGGUAUUGGCUCCGGCGACGUUCUGGCUGAUUGUCGAAGCCAACCUCGUCAUAAUUUGUAGUUCAUUGCCAUACCUCAAUUCCGUCAUCAAGGAAUUCAUCCACAGGCACUCUGGGAACCCAUCGCUUCAGGUGAACUGCGAGCACAAUACUUAA